AUGUCUGGAAAUACAGGAGAGCGCCCUUUUGCUGAUAUUAUUACCAGUAUUCGAUAUUGGGUAAUUCACAGCAUAACUAUCCCAUCUUUGUUUAUUGCAGGUUGGCUAUUUGUUAGUACAGGUUUGGCUUAUGAUGUUUUUGGUAGCCCUCGACCAAAUGAAUAUUUUACAGAAAGCCGACAAGAAGUUCCUUUAAUUACUGGCCGUUUUAAUUCACUAGAACAAGUUGAUGAAUUUACUAGAUCUUUUUAG